UUUGAAAUUACAUGUGCCACAAAAGUACAAACUCCUUCACUUCUCUCCUGCUCCUCCCUUCUAUUUAAUCCAUUCUCAUCUUUCAUUAGCCACAGUGCCCUUUCUCCAAUUCAGUUAUCUCUGCUCCUUUCAGCCUUUCUACCCAAAACCAAACACCAGCUACAGGCCAAUCAACAAUAAAAACACACUCUUUCCUUUCUUUUGGGGUGUUCGCCACCCACCCACUCAUCGCAAAUUUGCACUCACAAAUCCAAACACAGCCCAUUGGUCGGUUUCAGAGAUGAGCACCAUGCACAUAGAAACGCCACAAACUUUGCCUGAUGGCAGCAAGAACUUCGAUGAAGAUGGACGAGCUAAAAGAACAGGGACAUGGGUGACCGCAAGUGCUCACAUCAUAACGGCGGUGAUUGGUUCAGGAGUUCUUUCUCUUGCAUGGGCAAUUGCGCAAAUGGGUUGGGUCGCUGGUCCUGCAGUGCUUUUUGCCUUCUCUUUUAUCACAUAUUUCACUUCCACUCUUCUCGCUGAUUGUUACCGUUCACCUGACCCUGUCCAUGGCAAGCGAAACUACACAUAUUCUGAGGUUGUCAAAGCCAACUUAGGAGGUAGAAAAUUUCAGCUUUGUGGAUUGGCUCAGUAUAUAAAUCUUGUCGGGGUAACCAUCGGCUACACAAUAACUGCAUCUAUCAGUAUGGUGGCGGUGAAGAGGUCGAACUGUUUUCACAAACAUGGACAUGGAGACAAGUGCUACAUAAAUAACUAUCCUUUCAUGAUCGUGUUUGCCUGCAUCCAAAUUGUUCUUAGCCAAAUACCAAACUUCCAUAAACUCUCUUGGCUCUCUAUUGUUGCAGCUGUUAUGUCUUUCGCUUAUUCUUCCAUUGGCCUUGGCCUCUCCCUUGCCAAAGUCGCAGGUGGGGGACACGUGCGAACAAGCUUAACAGGGGUGCAAGUUGGGGUGGACGUUUCGGGAACAGAAAAAGUUUGGAGGAUGUUUCAAGCUAUCGGUGACAUUGCCUUCGCUUAUGCUUUUUCUAAUGUGCUCAUUGAGAUCCAGGCAAGUAAUAUUUAUGUUAUUAAUUAA